AUGGAAGAAAUUAAUCCAAAUUCUAUGCUAAAAUUCAAUGAAAAUCAUCUACAAAAGGUUCGUGAAGCUCUUGGAUAUGGGGACGUGAAUAAGUUGAAACAGGAUAUUAAGCAUUUGGCAGACUGGAUCAAGAUGCAGAAUCAUUUCAGGGUUAAAGAAUUUGAUGAAGGAUAUUUAGAGCGUCUGCUGAUAUACAACAAAGGUUCCAUUGAAAGAACGAAACAGAAGUUCGAUAAAUUAUGUACUUGCAUCAAUUUGAUGCCUGAAUUCUUACAAAAUUUUGAUAUCAAGAAUGAAUUCAAACCCCUUUUCAACAUUAUAACUAUUGCUGUGUUACCAAAGCCAACUAACGACAACUAUCGAGUGGUUAUCUCAGAUUUUAUUGGGAAAGAUGACAACGAUUUCAAUAUUAUACAACUCUAUAGAUACUUAAUGGUGAUGGGACACUACAUGCUGUCAAAUGAUUACUGCCAUGGUUACGAAUGGAUCGCUGGUACUAAAAAUUUAACCAUGAGUACUAUUACAAAAAUGAAUCCUAUGGUAAUACAUAAAGGGCUUACAUUAUUUACUGAUGCAAUGGGUCAAAGGCUUAAAAAAAUACAUAUAAUAAGUGGCUCGAAAUUUUUCGACGCAUUUAUGAUGGUAUGCAAGCAAGCCCUUUCUGCAAAACUUAGGGAAAGACUUGUAAUUCAUCCAGAUGUUGAAAGUUUAUAUAAAGAUUUUCCUAGAGAACAGUUUCCAAAAGAUUUUGGAGGAGACGAAAAGAGUAUACAGGAAUUACAAGAAAUAAACUUCAAACAGUUUUCUUCAGAUAGUCACAUUGAGACAGUGAAGUUCAUGGAGAAAGCUGCUACAGAUGAGUCUUUUCGACAAAGUUGCAAAUUCAACGAAGAAUAUUCUGGUAUGCCGGGAUCUUUCAAGACUCUUUGUGUGGAUUGA